UGACAGAGAGGGGGGAAAAGUAAUAGACUGAAUGACAUAUUUGUGGAACCACCUAACCCUUCAUAUUUUGUUCUGUUAUUUUGGUAACCACAUUCUGACGUUGUCUUCCCUGUUGCCUAGGUGAUCAAAGUGACCUUUGAGGACUUUGACCUGGAGCGUGGUUACGAUACGUUGACGGUUGGAGACGGAGCCGUGGUCGGAGACCAGAAGACCGUCUUUCACGUCCUAUCAGGGACCACUACUCCAGACCUGGUGGUCAGCACCAGUCAUCAGAUGUGGCUCAACUUCAAGACUGACGACACCAGUGGCUCUCAGGGCUUCAAGGUGUCUUAUGAAGAGAUUGACCAGGGCAGCUGUGGCGACCCAGGGAUACCGGCCUACGGCAAGCGGGAGGGGACAGGUUUCCGCCACGGGGACAGGCUGCACUUUGAGUGUCUCCCUGCGUUUGAGUUGGUGGGAAAGAAGAACAUCACCUGCCAGAAGAACAACCAGUGGUCAGCCAAGAAACCCAGCUGUGUCUUCUCGUGCUUCUUCAACUUCACAACCCCCUCUGGGGUGCUGCUGUCCCCAAACUACCCCCAGGAAUAUGGAAACAAUAUGCACUGUGUGUGGCUCAUCAUCACCAAGCCAGAGAGUAGGAUUAACCUGGCCUUCAAUGACCUCAGCAUGGAGAAGCAGUUUGACUUCCUCAGCGUCAAAGACGGUGGCAAGGCUGAGUCUCCCAUCCUGGGUACGUUCUCUGGUGACGUGCUGCCAGCUCCCAUCACCACCAGUGCCCACGUGGCACGCCUAGAGUUCCUGACUGACCACACCUACACAGAACGAGGGUUCAACAUCACCUUCACCACGUUCCGCCACAAUGAGUGUCCAGACCCGGGGGUUCCAGUGAAUGGGAAGAGGUUUGGUGAGAACCUUCAGCUGGGCAGCUCCAUCUCCUUCCUGUGUGAGGAGGGCUUUGUGAAGACUCAUGGCUCCCAGACUGUCUCCUGUAUCCUGAAGGAUGGAAACGUGGUCUGGGACAACGCUGUGCCACGUUGUGAAGCUCCGUGUGGAGGUGAUCUGAAGGCUCCUAGCGGUAUUAUCCUGUCCCCUGGCUGGCCAGAGCUCUAUAAGGAGGCUCUUAACUGUGAGUGGGUCAUCGAGGCUCUGCCAGGAUACCCCAUCAAGAUCAUUUUUGACAAGUUUCGUACUGAGGUAAACUAUGACGUGCUGGAAGUGCGUGACGGCCGGUUCCCCUCCUCGCCUCUGAUUGGCAGUUACCAGGGUACCCAGGUGCCCCAGUUCCUCAUCAGCACCUCCAACUUCCUGUUCCUUCUCUUCUCCACCGACAAGAGCCACUCGGACAUCGGCUUCCGCAUCCGUUAUGAGACUCUACAGCUACAGUCAGAUCACUGUGUCGACCCUGGCAUCCCCGUCAACGGCCAACGCCAUGGCAACGACUUCUACGUGGGUGCCUUGGUAACGUUCAGCUGUGACGCGGGGUACUCCCUCAGCGACCCGGAACCCCUGGAGUGUGAACCAAACUACCAGUGGAGUCGACCCCUGCCCAGCUGUGAUGCGUUGUGUGGAGGUUAUAUUCAGGGCAACACCGGUACCAUCCUCUCUCCUGGGUUUCCUGACUUCUAUCCUCACAACCUCAACUGCACCUGGAUGAUAGAGUCCUCCCACGGGAAAGGUGUCCAGUUCACCUUCCAUACAUUCCACCUAGAGUCUCCCCAUGACCACCUGUUGGUGACAGAGAACGGCAGCUUCCCCGAGCCCCUUUGGAGACUAACGGGCUCAACACUGCCCCCCACCCUCAGUGCAGGCCUGUAUGGGAACUACACCGCUCAGAUACGCUUCCUCUCAGACUUCUCUGUCUCCUACGAGGGAUUCAACAUCACCUUCUCAGAGUAUGACCUGGAACCAUGUGAAGACCCGGGAGUUCCUCCCUACAGCACCCGUAAGGGGUUACAGUUUGGGGUGGGGGACGUGCUCAUCUUCUCCUGUUUCCCUGGUUACCGUCUGGAGGGGCCGGCGAGGGUGACGUGUCUUGGUGGGCGGAGGAGGGUGUGGAGCUCCCCUCUGCCAAGGUGUGUUGCUGAGUGUGGAUCCUCAGUGACUGGCAUGCAGGGAGUGCUGCUGUCUCCUAACUACCCAGGUUACUAUGGGAACCACCACGAGUGUAUCUACUCUAUACAGACCCAGCCAGGCAAAGGCAUCCAGCUCCGAGCACGAGACUUCAGACUGGAGGACGAUGACAUGCUCAAAGUGUUUGAUGGCAAUAGUAACCAGGCUCGUCUGUUGGGUGUUUUCUCUGGGACUGAGCUGCAGGAAAACACACUCAACUCUACUUCCAGCUCCAUGUGGCUGGAGUUCGUCAGUAACACAGAAAACACCAGCAAGGGCUUUGAGCUGCACUUUACCAGUUUUGAGCUGUUGAAGUGUGAGGACCCGGGUGUUCCUCAGUUUGGUUAUAAGAGAGAAGAUAAGGGUCACUUCGCUGGCAGCACCGUGUGUUAUAGCUGUGACCCAGGAUACACCUUGAAGGGACCCCAGAUCCUGACCUGUUUGAGGGGGGAGAGGAGAGCCUGGGAUAGCCCCCUGCCCUUAUGUGUCGCGGAGUGUGGAGGAACCAUCAAGGAUGAGCCUACAGGUCGAAUACUGUCUCCAGGUUACCCAGCUCCAUAUGAACAUAACCUGCACUGUGUCUGGAGCAUCGAAGCGGCCCCAGGGAGCACUAUAGGUCUCCACUUCCUGGUAUUCCAUACGGAGGAGGUCCACGAUGUGUUGCGUAUCUGGGACGGUCCCCAGGACGGAGGGGUCCUCCUGAGGGAGCUCAGCGGCUCGACCCUUCCGCCUGACGCCCACAGCACCUUCAACACCGUCAGCCUCCAGUUCACCACCGACUUCUUCACAUCCAAACAGGGCUUCGCUCUGCAGUUCUCUGUGUCCACUGCUACGUCAUGUAACGACCCAGGUCUGCCCGCCAACGGGACCCGCAGUGGGGACAGCAAGGAGCCCGGAGACCGUGUCCUGUUCCAGUGUGAUCCCGGUUACGUCCUUCAGGGGGCCACCAAGAUCACCUGCACAGAGAUCAACAGCCGCUUCUUCUGGCAGCCUGACCCCCCCACCUGCACAGCUCUGUGUGGGGGGAACCUGACGGGCCCCACUGGGCUGAUCCUGUCCCCAGAGUACCCCGAGCCGUACCCCCACGGGCGAGAGUGCGACUGGACCGUCUCUGUCACCCCUGACUACGUCAUCGCACUCAAUUUCAACCAGUUCAGUCUGGAGCCCAGCUAUGACUUCCUCCACAUCUAUGACGGUCCUGACUCCCUCCACCCUCUGUUGGGGAGUUUCUACGGUACUGACGUCCCCGACCGCAUCGAGAGCAGUUCCAACACACUCUUCCUCGCCUUCCGCAGCGACGCAUCGCUCAGCAGCAACGGCUUCAUCCUGCAGUACACAGAGAACCCUAGAGAGUCAUGCUUUGAUCCUGGGGUGGUGAGGAACGGUACCAGGAUUGGAGCUGACCUUAAGCUGGGCUCAACCACCACCUACUACUGUGAUAGUGGAUAUACUCUGGAAGGAGAACCCACUCUGACCUGCGUCAUGGGGUCAGACAGCAAGCCCUCCUGGAACAAACAAAAACCAAUCUGCAUAGCUCUGUGUGGAGGGCAGUAUUCUGGGCUGGAGGGUGUGGUCUUGUCUCCCGGUUACCCAGGCAACUACAGCAGUGCCCGAACAUGUCUGUACUCGGUGGUCGUGCCCAAAGACUAUGUGGUGUUCAGCCAGUUUGCGUUCUUCCAGACGGCUCUGAAUGACGUGGUGGAAAUCUACGAUGGAGCAACGCAGCAUUCCAGAGUCCUCAGUUCCCUGUCUGGGACACACACAGGAGAGUCGCUGCCGUUGGCAACAUCCAAUCAGGUUCUGAUCCGAUUCACCUCCAAAGGCCAAUCCAGCUCCAAAGGAUUCCACCUGGUGUAUCAAGCGGUGCCAAGGACCAGCGCCACCCAGUGCACUUCAGUCCCAGAGCCCAGGAACGGGAGGAGGACGGGGAAUAACUUUGCCGUGGGAGCCGUGAUCCGCUUCGAAUGCUCCCCCGGAUACGUAUUGGAGGGAUCCACCGCCAUAGAGUGUCUGACUGUCCCCAACGCCCUGGCUAACUGGAACUCAUCUAUACCCAGCUGUAUAGUACCAUGUGGUGGUAAUCUGACCCAGAGGACCGGUACCAUCCUGUCUCCUGGUUUUCCUGAGCCCUAUCUCAACAGCCUCAACUGUGUCUGGAAGAUCACGGUCCCGGAAGGAUCAGGAAUACAGAUCCAGGUGAUCAGUUUUGUGACUGAACAGAACUGGGAUUCUCUAGAGGUGUUUGAUGGAGGAGACAACAGUGACACCAUGCUGGGGAGCUUCUCAGGAACGACGGUCCCAGCUCUCCUGAACAGCACGUCCAACCAGCUCUACCUACACUUCUUCUCUGACAUCAGCGUGUCUGCUGCUGGCUUCAGGCUGGAAUACAAGACGGUCUCUCUGACCAGUUGUCCAGAGCCAGUGGUACCUAUGAAUGGUAUCAAGGUGGGAGAGAGACUCCACAUGAACAGCGUUGUCUCGUUCCAGUGUGAGCCAGGAUACACAUUACAGGGAAACUCUCACAUCUCCUGCAUGCCAGGGACCGUCAGGCGAUGGAACUACCCACCUCCACUCUGCAUUGCCCAAUGUGGAGGAAUCCAGGAGGAGAUGGAAGGCAUGAUCCUUAGCCCUGGUUUCCCAGGCAACUACCCUAGCAACAGUGACUGUACCUGGAGAAUCUACCUGCCUGUGGGAUACGGAGCCCAUGUCCAGUUCCUCAACUUCUCCACCGAGGCUAACCAUGACUUCCUGGAGAUCAGGAACGGCCCGCUGGACACCAGCACUGUGAUUGGUCGAUUCAGUGGACAGGAUGUCCCGCCCUCCCUGCUCACCACCUCCCAUGAGACCACAGUGUAUUUCCAUAGUGACCACUCCCAGAACAAGCCAGGCUUCAGGUUUGAGUACCAGGCCUAUGAGCUUAAUGAGUGUCUGGACCCAGAGCCCUUCCGUUACGGCGUGGUGGUGGGGGCAGGCUACAACGUGGGCCAGUCCAUUUCCUUUGAGUGCCUCCCCGGCUACCAGCUAAUGGGACAUUCCAUCCUGACCUGCGAACACGGGACCACACGCAACUGGGACCGCCCCUUCCCUCGCUGUGAAGUGCCUUGUGGGGGUAACAUCAAGUCAGACAACGGAACUAUCUUCUCUCCUGGUUAUCCGGAGGAGUACCCCAGCUCUGCUGACUGUACCUGGCUGAUCACCGUAGCAACAGGCCUGGGUGUCAGACUCAACUUUACCCUACUGCAGGUCCAUGGGCCACAUGACUUCAUCACUGUCUGGGACGGCCCCCAGGAGACAGCCAGGAAGCUAGGUGUGUUUACGGAUGGUGAGCCCAACGAACCCGCAAGCAGCACGUCCAAUCAGAUCCUAGUUCGUUUCCGUAGCAACACUGAGAAAGGUGGAUUGUUCCGAAUCAACUAUCAAGCAUACACACUCCAGUUCUGCCUGCCUCCCCCUAUUAUACCCAAUGCUGACAUCUUAAUGGCCAGCAAGGAAUUUAAAAUUGGUGACAUAGUGCGUUACAGGUGUCUGCCAGGGUACCAGUUGAGUGGGAACAACAUUCUGACCUGUCGUCUGGGGACUCACCUGGAGUUUCAGGGACCUCCACCCUCCUGUGAAGUGACGUGUCCCAUGAACGAGGUCCUAACAGCCUCCACGGGCGUCAUCAUGAGCCAGUCCCCCGGCAGCGGCUUCCCCCACUUUGAGUCCUGUUCGUGGGUGGUCAAGGUAGAGCCGGGCUACAACAUCACGUUCACAAUACAACACUUCCAGACCAGCCGGCAGUUUGACGAGUUGGAGAUCUUUGACGGUCCGUCCAGACAGAGUCCUCUCCUGGUCACUCUGAGUGGAAACUACUCAUCUCCUCUCAGCAUCACCAGCUCUAACAACAAGGUCUACCUCCACUGGUCCUUCGACCACACCACCAGCCACAAAGGCUUCCGCAUACGAUACUCAGCGGCAUACUGCAGCCCACCUAGCAACCCUCUCAAUGGAACAGUCCACAGUCAGACAGGCACCAAGCUAGGCAGUACCCUACGCUUCAGCUGUGACCAGGGUUUUCGUCUGAUUGGCCAAAGCAGUGCCACCUGCACCCGCACCCCCCAGGGGAUUUAUAUAUGGAACGCCCCCGUACCGCUCUGCCAAGGUAAGGACAUGAACCGCAGGGGAUCUACAUACAGCAUGGAACGCCCCCGUACCGCUCUGCCAAGAGUUGAUGUUUCGGUCCAUUCUAACGAUUGUGUAGCCAUCCAGCUACACAGCGGAGGAGGGAUCCUGUUCCGUAAGCUCAGGUCCCAGGUCCCAGGUCCCAGGUCUCAGGUCUCAGGUCCCAGGUCUCAGGUCUCAGGUCUGAGGUCCCAGGUCCCAGGUCCCAGGUCCCAGGUCCCAGGUCUCAGGUCCCAGGUCCCAGGUCUCAGGUCUCAGGUCUCAGGUCUCAGAUCCCAGGUCUCAGGUCUCAGGUCUCAGGUCCCAGGUCUCAGGUCUCAGGUCCCAGGUCCCAGGUCCCAGGUCCCAGGUCCCAGGUCCCAGGUCCCAGGUCCCAGGUCCCAGGUCUCAGGUCCCAGGUCCCAGGUCCCAGUGAUGGCCUGUGGGAUGCCUAUACCUCCAGUAAACGGUAGUAUUGUCGGGCAGGACUUCACUCUUGGUGCCAGGGCCAUGUACCGGUGCAACCCCGGUUUCAGAUUGGCCAACCCCAUGGCCGUGUCAGUCGUCUGUCAGGAGUCUGGGAGGUGGAGCUCCAAUGAGGCCACGCCCCGCUGCAUACCGGUGACCUGCCCUGACAUAGGCCACUCUGCUGUGGAUCACGGGAGAUGGAGGCUGAUCUACGGGUCUCCGAGCCAGUACGACGCCAUGAUGAUGCUCAUCUGUGACCCCGGAUAUUACUACAAGGGUCAGAGGGUCAUCCGUUGCCAGGCCAACAGCACCUGGGACUACCCAGAGCCCCGGCCGGCCUGCGAGAUAAUCUCCUGUGGGGACCUGGGCACUCCUCCGAAUGGUAAUAAGAUCGGGACUCUGACGGUGUUCGGAGCGACAGCCAUCUUCUCCUGUAACACAGGUUAUACGCUGGUUGGUUCCCGGGUCAGAGAGUGCAUGUCCAAUGGCCUCUGGAGUGGAUCUCAGGUCCAGUGUCUCGCGGGUCACUGCGGUACCCCAGAACCAAUAGUGAAUGGUCAGAUCAUAGGAGAGAACUAUAACUACAGAGGUAGUGUGGUCUACCAGUGUAACCCGGGAUUCAGACUCAUCGGGGUGUCUGUACGCAUCUGUGAACAGGACCACCGCUGGUCUGGGCGCACCCCUGUCUGUGUCCCGAUCACAUGUGGUCAUCCAGGCAACCCUUCCUUUGGCUUUACUCAGGGAACGCAGUUCAACCUGAACGAUAUUGUGCACUUCGCGUGCAACACCGGCUACGUCCUGCAGGGGGCGGUGAAGUCUCACUGCCAGUCCAACGGACAGUGGAGCAACACCCUACCCAAGUGUAAAAUUGUUAACUGCACAGAGCCAGGUCAUGUGGAGGACAGCGUCAGACAGGUGACGUCUGAAGGACCUGGUCGUUACAGCUUCCAGACCGCCGUGUCCUACCACUGUAACCCUGGUUACUACCUACUGGGAACCAGCACUCUGUCCUGCCAGGGAGACGGCACCUGGGAUAGAACACUGCCCAAGUGUCUGUUGGUGUUGUGCGACCGUCCCAGCAUGCCCCCGUACGCCCAGAUCUCCGGUGACCGUCGGACGGUGGGUUCGGUGAUUCGGUUCAGCUGCAUUGGACAGAGGACGGUGAUCGGUAACACAACACGCACGUGUCAGCUGGGUGGACAGUGGAGCGGCUCGUUACCACACUGCUCUGGAGAGUCGUCUGGUCUGUGUGGGGAUCCAGGUAUCCCAGGCCACGGUAUCAGACUCGGAGAAGACUUCUCAGUGGGCAGUGUGGUGGGGUUCAGCUGUGAACAGGGAUAUGUCCUACGAGGUUCCUCAGAGAGAACAUGCCAACCUAACAGCACCUGGGUGGGCACACAGCCAGAGUGCCAUGUGAUCUCCUGUGGGAACCCAGGAACACCCCGUAACUCUCAGAUCCUGUCUCAUGAUGGCCUGGUGUUUUCCCGCUCCAUCACCUACACCUGUCGAGACGGUUACUACUCCAACGGACUGCUCACACGCCACUGCACGGUUAACGGGACCUGGACCGGCAGCAUGCCUGAGUGCACGGGUACAGAGAGAAACUAAAAACACACAGUCGACACCCUGGUAUACUCCAUAUAAACUGUGGUUGCUAAUGCAACGGAUGGCAGUGAUAUUCCCCUCGUCCUUUUAAAGGUC